CAUAUCGCCGCAGUUCAGCUGGUUCAAAUACGCAGAUGAGUCAUCGAGUAGAGUUAAGGAGGAAGCGGAGGUAAGAAGGAAUGGUACGCAGUAUCGCACAAUUACAAUUUUAGAUUUGCUUUUGGUAAAAAAAUGCGACCGAAUACAAAAGUGCGUAACGAACCGGUACGAUUUCGAGAACUCUGACGAGACGAGCAGGAAAGAAAGAAAGAAAGAGAGAGAAUACGACUGAUAAACAUUACAUACAUUACAAGUCUCUGUCAAUUUCACACAAGGCACUGCAAAGAUUCUCCAAGUAAAACUCACCGGGAAACGCACGUCGAUAUGGGAUCUAAGAGUAAAGCACCAUCAAUGACGCCAAAAUUAGCUACGAAGAUGCAUGUCAAGUACUUCCAGAGGUUACUGCAGAUCAUGCCCAGCGAUCUGGUAGAGUUUGACUCCACCAGACUGAUGAUCGUCUACUUCGCGUUUUCCGGCCUGGACCUGCUGAACUCGUUGAACGAGAUCAGUGAGGAGGCAAAGCUGCAAGCGAUCGACUGGAUUUAUGGUCUCCAGGUACAAGGAGCUGGUCCCAGAUCCGGGUUCCAAGCAUCCACGACCAUACCCAAAGAAGUCGCUGAGUACCAGUGUGGUCACUUAGCAAUGACCUACACUGGCUUGGUUACCUUGUUGAUCUUAGGUGACGAUUUGAGUCGAGUUGACCGAGAUUCCAUCAUCGAGGGGCUUCGUGCAUGCCAGAACCCCAAUGGAUCCUUCACAGGUAUGGUGAUGGGUUGCGAGAGUGAUAUGAGGUUCCUCUACUGUGCCUGCUGUGUCUCAAAGAUUCUAAACGAUUGGUCCGGUAUCGAUAUUCCAAGAGCCACUAACUAUAUCUUACAGAGUAUUUCAUUUGAUGGUGGUUUCGGGCAAGGGCCGGGUCUCGAGUCUCAUGGAGGAUCUACUUUUUGCGCCGUGGCAAGCCUAAUCUUGAUGGGCCAAAGGAAACUAUCGAGUGAACAGUUAGCUCGUUUGAGUCGUUGGUGCCUUAUGAGACAGGAUGGUGGCUUUCAAGGCAGGCCAGGCAAACCGCCCGAUACAUGUUAUAGCUUCUGGAUUGGUGCUACACUCCAUUUAUUCGGAAUAAGAGAUUUUUCAGACGCCGAGCAGAAUAAAGCUUUUAUCCUCAGUACUCAAGAUUCGUUGAUCGGAGGAUUCGCCAAAUUCGAGAACACCAGACCUGAUCCUUUGCACACAUAUUUGGGUCUCUGCGGUUUGAGUCUCCUAAAAUUUCCCGGAGUGCGUCCAAUAAAUCCCGAACUCAACAUGUCCGAACGGGCUUACGAGCAUUUAAAACAGAUUCACGAAAAGUGGCAGAGCGAGUGAUUCUGGUUCCUUUCAAGAAGUCGUGAUUCUCAUAUCAAACGCACAGAGACAAAUAUAUCAGACUCAACACUUUUUUGCAUUUGAUCGUAAACGUUCAUUUGUAUUUUAUCGCAUUCUCUGUGCUAGAAUCGUCAUUCUAAAGGUGUCAAUUAACACUGCUACGAUAAUUAUAUGGUAUACAUUAAUAGCGCUUCGUUUCACAUGAUUUGGAGCUGCUUGUUGAACCAUGUGCUUGUUACAGAGAUACACAUUCAUAUGUACAUAUAUAGAAAUAUGCAGAUAUUAAUAUAAUUAGGAAAAAAAUGUGGAUGCGCGCACGCAUUAUUCUAAAGCAAUGUUUCCCGAGCUACGUCUCGCAAUAAUGAGAAACGCAACGUUCUUUGUUUUUAUCUACAAAUAGUAUUUGGUUUUAUUUAUCAUUUAUUUAUUAUUGACUUAUUUUAUUAUUAAUUAUUUACUAAUUAUUUAAUAUAUUUAUCAAUUUCUUUCACACUGCCAAAAAAGAAAAAAAAAUAUAUAUAUAUAUGCAUUUACACACAUGUAGGGAAUAAGAUACCUCAAUAUAUGACAACGAAAAAUUUAAUAGAAUCGAUUCUUUUUAACAGAAGUGCAUGUUCUUUACAAGGUUUCUCUCGUGCGAUGAAAAGGUUUGGGAAGCAUUGCUUUAGAGGGAAAAAGAGAAAAGAUAUUAAUAAAAAUAACUUAGGCUACCGUUUGUAA